AUGCCCAUUGAUAUCAACUGGCUACGUGCUGACAGGUCCGGUGAUCCAAAUCGUGUGCGGCAAGCACAACACAAGCGCUUCAAGCCGAAUGCAGAUACGCUCGUGGACGACGUGCUCGAGCUGGACCAGUCUUGGCGGGAGAAAACGACUUGUGCAAGGGAGCUACAAACGCAGUUGAACAAGCUGCAGAAGGAUGUGAUCGCCGAGAAGAAGAAGCUUAAGCAAGCCUGCGAUGCAGAGCUCAAGCAAGCCGGCUUACUUCGAGAACAGCUAAAGGAGCUAGAGCUGCAAGCACUACAGUGUGAGACGAAGCGAGAUGCAGCACUUGGCAAGCUUGGCAACUUUGUGGAUCUAUCCGUGCCGACUUCGCAGAGUGAAGUUGACAAUGAGGUCAUCAGCACGUGGCCGUCUGCGUCCCCAGAGGAGCAUCUCAGCCAUGAUUGUGGGAGGAGGCUUCUCAGCCAUGAAGAUCUACUAUGGCGCAUUGGCGGCUAUGACCCAGACCGCGGGUGCAAGGUUGCAGGAAGCCGGGGGUAUUUUCUCGAAGAUACAGGGGUUCUGCUGAGCCAAGCCCUGGUGAGCUAUGGACUGGCCUUUCUUCGCGCCCGUGGGUAUCGUGCUGUGCAGCCGCCUUAUUUCAUGAGGAAGGACCUCAUGGCUGGAGUUGCUCAGCUCGAUGACUUUGACCAGCAGCUGUACAAAGUUACCAAAGGAGAGCAAGGAGAUGCCACAGAAGAGGGGGACAAGUAUCUGAUCGCCACAUCGGAGCAGCCGCUGUGCGCUUUCCAUGCGAAAGAGGUGCUCAAUGCGGAAGCGCUUCCCUUGCGCUAUGCUGGAGUGUCCACUUGCUUUCGGACCGAGCUCGGCAAAGCUGGAAGGGAGAAUCGAGGAAUCUUCCGAGUGCAUCAGUUCGAGAAGGUGGAGCAGUUCUGUAUCACUGCUGGUGAUCCUGAGCUGUCGGGGGAGAUGCACUCGGAGAUGCUGCGCUGCGCGGAGGAGUUCUACCAAAGUUUGGAGAUUCCAUAUCGUGUUGUGAAAGUGGUGUCCGGAGAGCUGAACGAUGCCGCCACCAUGAAGUAUGACCUGGAGGGAUGGUUUGCAGGGCAGGGCCAGUACCGCGAGCUUGUCUCCUGCUCGAACUGCACCGACUUCCAGUCGAGAGCCCUUGACAUUCGAUACCGGCCUGCAGGCUCUCAGGACAAGCAGCGUUUGCGCCACGUGCACAUGCUCAACUCGACAUUGACAGCUUCAGGCAGGUGCUUGUGUUGCAUGUUGGAAGCAUUCCAGACACCCGACGGUGUUCGGAUUCCCAGCGUGCUUGUUCCGUUUACAGGAGGCAUUGACUUUCUGCCCUUCGUACGCACACCCCGACAAGUCGGCACUGUUCCCAAGACUGGCGUGGAGGAGGCGCCGGUGACCGAGGGAGAGCCGAAGCCCAAAAGCCUCAGUCGCAUCCAGGAGCUUGAAGAAAAGCUCCUGCACAGCCCUUAUGUCACAGGAUUUGAAGCUUCGAUGGCGGAUUUGCAUGCAAUCAACUCCAUACUGGACGAGGUAUCCGAAUGUUCGACGGUGGAUGGAGCACAUGCGUUCGUUCACCAGCCAGGAGCUCGCCCUCUUGACCUGAGAGACUUUGCCCUGUGGACCACAGCAGCGAACGCGCAUUGCAGCUGGUCCGAUUAUGGUGCAAGCAAGAUUGCAGAGAUGGCUGCCCGAUGCGAUGUUUCCCUGGGCAGCUUCUUGUCCAUCGAGUUCCAAGCCAAAUUUUUGCACGGUGGGAAGAGCCUGCAGUUGGCUGAGAAGAGCCUGUAUCCGGUCAUGUUCAGCAUGGCUGACGAGGGGAGCGACAUCGAGGAAAGUCAGGGCCAGCGCAAGGCCGAGGUGAUUCCAGAUGCAGUGGAUCAUUUCUUGGGAAGACUGCUUGACUCGAUCAAGUCCAGCAACAUUCCCGACAUCAACAGGCUCUACGAGACAGAUUUCAAUCAGCUCACCGAGAAAUACUACAACAAGACGAAGUGGCCAAGUGCCUAUGCCGUCGCAGACGCUCUCGGACAUGGGGAGGCUUUGUUCCUGAUUCUCUACAAGGAGCUCUACUACCGACAUAUCUACGCCAGACUGAACCCAGUCCUCUUUGAGGACAGAAUUGGUUCCUGGAAAAAUUAUACCCAGCUCCUGGAUUUGAUGAUCGAGAACCUCUCGGAUGGAGAGGAUCUCGGGAUUGCGCUUCCGGCGCAAUGGCUGUGGGACAUCCUGGACGAGUUUGUGUACCACUAUCAGACAUACAGCACGUACUGCCACAAGGCGGCCAAGCUGCAGAAGGAAGCAGAUGUCAAGCAGCUAGUUGACAACCCUGCUGUUUUCGAGACCACGAAGGUCCUGAGCUACUUGCACCAGCUUGUGCGCUACUCGUUGAUCGAGGAAUGGCUCGCCAAUCCAGAUGGAGGCAACGGACAAGGUGCCGCCUUCACAGACGAGUCGACACGACUGAUCGGAUAUUUCGCCCUGAUGCAGCUGCUGCGAAUGCACAGCCUGCUCGGGGACUACCGCCUUGCAAUGGAGACGAUUGAGAACAUCGACUUCCGAGCAGAGGUGCCGCUGUUCUACAGAAUUCCGGCUUGCCAUGUCACAGUGUUUUACUACAUGGGCUUUGCGUACAUGAUGAUGCGCCGCUAUGUGGAUGCAUCCCGCACAUUCCAAGACAUUCUGGUCUUCCUGUCCAAAAUCUCCACAGUGAAUUCGCUGUCCUACCAGUAUGAUCAAAUGCUGAAGAAGCAGGAUCAGAUGUACGUCCUGCUGCUGAUCUGCAAUGCUCUUUGCCCCCAGCCGCUGGACGAAUCUCUCGAAAAGCCAAUCCGAGAAAAGCACGCAGAUAAGCAGAUGCGCUUGCAGCAGGGCAAUGAAGCCUGCUUCGAGGACUUGUUCUCCUACGCAUGUCCCAAGUUCGUGGCGGCCUCCAUGCCGGAUCUUGAGAACCUGGAGAACUUUACAGCAAACGAAGCACACCAGCGGCAGCUGACUCUUUUCCUACAAGAGGUGAGGCAGCAGCAAGCCCUCCCAACGAUUGGCUCUUACAUGAAGCUCUACACGUCUUUGCAGACCUCCAAGCUGGCCCAGCUGUGCGAGAUGGACGGAGAGGGUCUCCGUGACCAGCUGAUGUGCGUCAUGCACAAGACUCGACAGCUGGUGCAUCAGAGAGUUGGCACGCCGCUGGACGGUGAGCUAAACCCCUGUGGCGAAGUGGAGUUCUACCUGGACGGAGACAUGGUGCACAUCAACGCGCAGAAGCCGCAGCGACCACACGCCGAUGUUUUCCUGGAGCACAUCCGGAAGUUUCAGGACAUCCUGAAGCGAGCAGACAAGAUUGAGAAGCCAUCGAACUGA